AUGACAAAGACUUUUUCCACGUUACUUGAACUUCCUUGGGUUGAGAAGUAUCGUCCUCAUAAACUUAAUGACAUUGUUGGGAAUGAAGAAACUGUUGAAAGAUUAAAAAGAAUUGCAGAAGAUGGUAACAUGCCUCAUAUGAUUAUAUCUGGUUUACCAGGUAUUGGGAAAACUACAUCUAUUCAUUGUCUUGCCUUGGAAUUGUUAGGGCCAGAUUUAUAUCACCAAGCAACUUUAGAGUUGAAUGCAUCUGAUGAUAGAGGGAUUGAUGUUGUUCGUAACAAGAUUAAACAAUUUGCUCAAACUAAGAUUCUGUUACCUCCUGGAAGACAUAAGAUAAUUAUUUUAGAUGAAGCUGAUUCAAUGACUCCUGGUGCUCAACAAGCCUUAAGAAGAACCAUGGAAAUUUAUUCAAACACUACUAGAUUUGCUUUUGCUUGUAACCAAUCCCUGAAGAUUAUAGAACCUUUACAAUCAAGAUGUGCUAUUUUGCGAUAUAAUAAAUUGGCAGAUGAUCAAGUAUUAGCAAGAUUAUUAGAAAUUGUUAAACUAGAAGAUGUCAAACACAAUAGUGAAGGGUUAGGUGCAUUGAUAUUCACAGCAGAAGGUGAUAUGAGACAAGCCAUAAACAAUUUACAAAGUACAGUGGCUGGUUUUGGGUUUGUAAAUGAUAUAAAUGUAUUUAAAAUUGUUGAUCAACCUCAUCCUUUAGUUAUUCAAAAGAUAUUGGCAAGUUGUACAAAUGAAAAGAAUAUAGAUAAAGCUAUAGAAUUAUUAGAUGGUUUGUGGAAUAAAGGUUAUUCAUCGAUUGACAUUGUGACUCUGACAUUCAGAGUAGCUAAAACAUUACCUGGAAUUGAUGAAAAGAAAAGAUUAGAAUUAAUAAAAGAGAUAGGAUUUACUCAUAUGCGUGUGCUAGAAGGUGUUUCUACAUAUUUACAAUUGUGUGGAUUAUUUGCAAAGAUAUGUGAGUUAUGA